UUAUUCAAGAAAGUGGUGAAAAAUCCGAAAAUAAAAAAAUAACAUAAACCAGAAAAUUUCACUGUUGAAUACCGCCAGACAGCGCCACCGCUGUAAUCUUUACUCAUGGAGGCCUAUAUAUAUGUCAAAUGUCAUGUUCCAUAGAAGCUCUUUCUCUAGACUCUAAAUUCACAAUUGUAGGGUGGUUUUCCAAACAGUCUUGGAAGCCAUAACGGCAUAACCACAGGAGAAGAACAAUCAUAAUCGUAAUCGCAAUCGCAAUUUCAGCUUUCCAAUCAAAUCUCAAGUUACAAUUUGAAGGAAAAAAAAGUAUGAGCAAAUCAGGGUCGAAAUUAGCGAUUUAUCAUGGGGAAACAUGUUUAGGAGAAUUAGAAGCAAUUUGUAUAGCAAAAGAAUCAAAAUUUCAAUUCCCAAACAACGAAAUUCGAAUCCAUCACAUUUCUCCACCCAGUGAACGUUGCCACCCACUCUCUCUCCUCCACGUCAUCUCCCCAUUCUCUCUCCUGUGGAAGCUUGAACCCUCCGAACAACAACAACAACAACAACAACAACAACAGCAGCAACACCUUCUGAGUCUCCAUGCUUCUUGCUUUUACGAGCUUAAAACUGCUGUUGUUUUGGUUAAUAAUGAGGAAAUUCAUCUAGUUGCAAUGCCAAGUAAGCAGAAAAAGUUCCCUUGUUUCUGGGUAUAUGCUGCCCCAGUUGGGCUAUAUGUGUCUUGUUUAGGGCUGUUGAAUUUGCGGUGUUUGUCGAUUGUUUUCGAUCUCGACGAAACCCUGAUAGUUGCCAACACUAUGAAGUCGUUCGAGGAUCGAAUCGAUAAUCUUAAGGGGUGGAUUGCAAGGGAGGGGGACUCCGUCAGGGUUUCCGGGAUGAACGCCGAGCUGAAGAGGUAUAUGGAUGAUAGGGCCUUGCUUAAGCAAUAUGCUGAGAAUGACAGUGUUGUGGAUGGGGGAAAAGUUUACAAGGCACAAUUUGAGGAGGUUGCUCCAUUGUCUGAAAAUCAUGAGACUAUUGUUCGUCCUGUUGUUAGGUUGCCGGAGAAGAAUCUUGUGCUUACUCGAAUUAUUUCCGAGAACCGCGACACUAGUGUUCUUGUGAGGCUACGACCUGCUUGGGAGGACUUGAGAAGUUACCUGACAGCAAAGGGGCGCAAAAGAUUUGAAGUAUAUGUCUGUACCAUGGCUGAGAGAGAUUAUGCUUUAGAGAUGUGGAGGCUUCUUGACCCAGAGGCACACCUAAUAAAUUCAAAGCAACUUCUAAGCCGGGUUGUAUGCGUGAAGUCAGGAUCAAGAAAAUCUUUACUGCAUGUAUUUCAAGAUGGCCUUUGUCAUCCUAACAUGGCAAUGGUGAUUGAUGAUCGGUUGAAGGUAUGGGAGGAUAAGGAUCAGCCACGUGUACAUGUGGUUCCUGCAUUCACCCCAUACUAUGCUCCCCAAGCUGAGACAGCGAAUGCUGUUCCAGUCCUAUGUGUAGCCAGAAAUGUUGCAUGCAAUGUGAGGGGUGGCUUUUUCAAAGAAUUUGAUGAGAACUUAUUGAGGAAAAUCUUUGAGCUAUUUUAUGAAGAUGAGAUGUCAAAUAUACCUUCUCCCCCAGAUGUGAGCAAUUAUUUAAUUUCAGAGGAGACAGGAUUUUUACCAAAUGGAAAUACAAAUAUUCCUAUGGGUGAAGGCAUUUCUGGUGCAGAAGUUGAACAGAGAUUACCACAGUUGGUAGAUAAAUUCACAGUGGAUUCAGAUACUAACUCAGCAACUAAUAUUCCUGACUUGAGAUCUGAAACACCCCAGCAGCCGAUCCCAUCUCUUUCUGGUGCUGCUAAUCCUUUGAGAAUGACUAUGCCUUCACAGAAGGGGUUGCUUGGAGUACCUGCUAGAAGAGAUGUAAGAAAUCCUUCUGGUGAUCCACCUAUUCUUAAAUUACCUGCUCAAACAUCACAAGAUUGCUGGUCGGUAGAAGAAGAUGCAAAUAAGGGACUCUUAAACAACCGAGGUUUUGUUCCUGUCCAAGAGUCUGAUAUGCCAAAAGCUGAUAAACAACGAACUUACUCCAGUUUAGUUGGUCAUAGCACUGCACCACCUGUGUCUUCAGCCCAACUUUCCAAAGGAAGGGCUGACGAGGAAUCUCCAAAACAAAAUCUUCCCCCUAGUGAGACAGCAGGUACUGCUGAAAUUCCUAGCUCUCAGAGUCUAGCUCCUAGCAUUAACAAAGAAACACAUGUUGAUGCUGUAAAAGCAAAUGCACUGCCCUCAAGCUUAUCUAUCAGCGUGCUGCAAGAAAUUGGUCGAAGAUGCUGUUCAAAGGUUGAGUUCAAGCCAAUUCUAAGCACAAGUAAGGACUUGCAGUUCUCUGUUGAGGUUUUGUUCACUGGUGAGAAGAUAGGUGUUGGAAUGGGUAAGACUAGAAAGGAUGCUCAACAGCAAGCUGCUGAAAGUGCUCUUCAUUGCUUAGCUGAAAAAUAUUUGGCUUAUGUGACGCGUUCAGGGUCAAUAGACCGGGAUGAGAAGCUUACAGUCCAAAAUGAAAAUGGAUUUGUAUGGGAUGACAUUAACCUUCAAUCUGAUGAACUAUCUUCUGAUGACAAGGUACAAAGAGAGAACGCUUUCGAGGCUGUGGAAGUGUCACCUGUAAGUACAUCCUCAAUGGUCAAUAGUCAGCAGGUGACAAAGCUUGCAAACUCACCCAGGUUACAGCAGUCCUUGUCUGGCAAACGCUUAAAAGAAGAAAUAGCACGUGGUCCACAAAGCUCAUCAUCCCGGCAACAAAGGAAUGGCCAUUCUGUGUCAUAAGUUCUGUAAGAGUUUACCAGUAUGAUUUUUAGAUUGGGCCGCUUUCUCCACAGCACUGUAGAUGGUUGUGGUGUAAUGGGCUGAUUGGUUGCUACCGACCUGCCAAGUUCGGAAUUCUCUCAACACACAGGACAUACAUGAUACAGUAGAUGCUCAGUUUGCCAAUCAUCAGGAGCAACUUUUGUGACGUUUUAUCUUGAGCUGACUAAAUGAGAGCCUGAGUCAGGUAUCAGGCUUGAAGCGCUAGUUAUCUUUCUAUGGCCAGUUCAGGAACGGGAGAGGGAGCUCGUGUAAAUUUUCUUGAUUUUGUUGUCUGCAUUAUUUCGAGAGAGCUACCUAAGAAGAUGGGUCACGAUCUCGUAGUUUUGUUGUGAGUUCUACAGUAAUAUAAAUAAUUCCUUAGCUGUCUUUUUCUUUUUGAACUUCCGGUCAUUGAGCUAUGCUAGGUACUGUAAAUUUGAAAUAAUUCUGCACAUAGCUCUUUUACUAGGGUAAGCUUAUUUAACCUAUAAUAGGUGUCUUUUUCCUGGUCUA